CUCUCUCUCUCUCUCUCUCUCCCCCUCUCUCUCUGUCUUUUUUUUUCCUCUCUUUAUUGUACUUAUUAAUAGUUGCUAUGGUAGAUAAAUAAUUGUAGAUGUGUAUGUGUUUAUGUAGGUUUUGAAUAGGCGAAGUUCUACAGAUUUUGUGUUGUGCUACUGAUCAGCGAACUGUGAAUUCUCGGUCACCGGUAAAUAAUCCAUACCAGCCCUUCUUCUUUUUUUUUUAACAUUUUUUGCGUUAUCAUUAUUUUUGUUAUUUUAACUUUUUGCGCUUUUUUUUUACGACAAGGUUUUUGUCAGUUUCUUUAUGUUAAUUAGGAGCAUCAUUCUUCAGAGUAUUGGGUGAAUUAGGUUUUUUCUUUUGUUUUUAAUUAUGAUAACAUAUGCCUUGGUAGAACUAAAAAUUUAAUUUUUGUCUCCCUGUGAUAAGAGUUUAAUUAAUUUGAUCCAUGGUUUUUUCGCAUGAUAAAUUUGUAUUUUAGUGCAAAUGUAUGAUUUUGAUACCUUUUAACUGAAGAUUUGAGAAAGUGGUCAAUUUUAUACAGUUGUAAUGGAUUGGAGGGACAAAAAAAGCGCAUGUCGUCUUGUACUUUAGUGUUGCCUCUUAAUUAAGUGGGGGUUUUUUGGUUGAAAGUGGUCAAAUUUAUAUACUAUAGUGGAUUGGAGGGAUAAAAAGCGGGUGUCUUCUUGUAAUUUAAUGUCACCUGUUAAUCUAGUACUAGGGGAUUGUUGGCUGGGAGUGGUCAAAUUUUUAUAGUUGUAGAUAUAAAGUGGAUGUCGUCUUGUAACUUAACAGUGCCUGUUAAUUUGAUACCAGGGUAUUUUCGGUUGGAAAACUAAAUAGGUGGUGAAGUUUUAUUUGCUUAUAUUUUACGUUAUCCUGUUUUAGGAGUAGGACAUUCACUCUUAAUUGAAUGUUAAGCUGCAAGUUUUUCUUUCGAGCGUUUCUAUUUGUAGUGUAUUUGAACAUUCCCCAUUUCCCCAUCUGAAUUUAGUGGCAUGUGUACUUUGGUUGUUAUACUAGUUGUUAUUAUUUGAUCAAACAGAAGACUUUCCCAUGGAGUACAAAUGGGAGGAGAAUGAUGUUGGUGGAGAUGUACCUGAAUUUGGUGCAAUCUUCAUAUCAAAUAUUGCAGCGAAGAGGGAGUGCUUUAAACGGAAAGUUUUUGGUCUUCCAUCUUCCAUGGCUAGUUUUGUUAAGCAGGUUAAAGUAGGAAUGGUUUUAUUCUUGUUUGAAUUUGAGAAACGACAGCUUUUCGGUGUUUACCGGGCCACUUCUGAUGGUGGAAUGAAUAUUGCGCCCCAUGCAAUUAAUUCUUCUGGGAAGCGAUUCUCAGCACAGGUCCGUUUUACACCAAUAUGGAUUUGUAGGCCACUUUUUGAAAAUGAAUUCCGAGAGGCUAUUAAAGAGAACUAUUUUUCGACGAAGAAAUUCCAUUUUGGUCUAUCCAAAGAACAGGUUCGCCGCCUUCUGCAUCUGUUUAGUACAAGAAAGCUAAAUGAUAUGCUAGCCCCAAGACAAAUGACCAGAGUAGUGACUGGGUCUGCUAGUAAAGAUGGAAGACUGGGGGUUGAUCGUGGCUUGUUUGCCAGAAGAGAGAGUUUGGAAAUGGAACAUUUUGAGGAUGACUUCACUUCAGCAGAUAUGAAUGAAUUGGUGGAGUAUACUCCAGAUAGAGUUUUUGAAGUGGAUGAGAACAUGCAUUUUGUAGAUGAUAGGCUAGAGAAUGGAAAGACAGUGGUUACUUUUGGACUCAAUUCCUGGACUGAUCAAGCUGGUGAUUUUCUUCAUAUAAGGAAAAGAGCACAUGACAAUGAAGCAGAAAGUGAAUUAUAUGACACCCACACCUCUUUGCUCCCUUAUGAGACUGACAACCAGGAAGCUUUCUUGGAUAAAGAAAGAAUACAAGCUGCUUGCAGCAGAUCUCUAAUGGCUGAGAAUACUGUAAAUGACUGUAAUAUCUAUUCUAGUCUUUCUCCUGCUGUUGCCACCAGCUAUACUGAGGACGCCUCUGAUUUAACAAGGCAAGCAGUUUAUGAAAGGUCUUUGUUUGAAGGUGCAAACGUCCAUGGAAAUGAUGACAUGUUCCGAAUGAAUGAUAAUAUUGAAAAAAACCUAAAUUUGCAUGGUUCUUUUAGACCUAUGAUGUCUAAUGAGAAUGAGCAAGACCUCGAGAGACAUGGAAGAGCAGUAGGUGAUCAUAGGUUUUUCAUGCAUAGUAGUGGAUCAGAUCAGAAGCAUCCCGUGAAUGAUGAAUUUAACCCUGUCCAUCCAUCAGAAAAUUUCGAUAAUUCUUUACACAGGAUGAAAGGGCCAUCUAGUGAUAGGAAGCUUUUGAUGGGUGAAAGACUAGCUAGCGAACGUGAUUUGGAUAAUGGACUUCGGUUAGACUUUUUGUCUGAGAAACUUCGAGAUCCAUUUGACAGUGAUCAAAGAAGAUUAGCAAAUUAUAGGGAUGGAGUUCAUGGCUCAACGAACUCACAUGUUCCAUCAGGGUUUGGCAGAAGCAAAGGACACGUAGCCAGCAAUGCCCUGUUGAGUGAAAAGAGAGUGGACAACAGGCAUGACAUUGAAAUGUUCUUGCAGCCUGUCUCAUCCAAGUACACUGCUUUUCCUCACCCAAAGCAGGACUUGUUGGAGUGCUUUAGCAAGCCCUCUCCAGAUACUCAAUUCUCUCAGCUGGAAGGACGACAUUAUUUCAGGAACUUGAAUUCAACAUUUCAUGAUUCAGUGGUUACCAGAACUGUUGCUAGUGCCCCUGAACCACCUACUUUCCACCAUGGACACACUCUGUCCAAUGUAGUUGAUCGGGGUGCUAGUAUAGCGCUAGAUAAUCCUCAUUAUGGUUCUGGAGGGGAUUCACUUGCUUUGUCAAACAGUAAAAUGUAUGAUAGAGAAGGUUUUGGUAGAUACGAUCAUACUUCUGAUUUUGGUGAUGAAAAUCCCUAUUCUACCAAUCGUGCUUACCACUUCCAUCCUGGUCAAAGUUCUCAGAGCAUGGAAUUAAUAUCUUCGGCCCCUGCUGAUGUAAGGGGUUUAGUAUCUACCGUCGCUUCUCUUCCUUUAACUGAGUCUUUUGACUUGUAUUCCUAUAAGAAGUCUCCUUUUGCAUCUGACACUCAUUCUAUGAUGUCGCAAGGAAAGUAAAAGCAUAUUUACUUGCAAGAAAAUAAUGAAAGAAUUGCUGGGAAUAUAGUUCUGUCUUCUAAACUAAAUUUGGCUGGUUUAGAUGCAUAUCACCAAGAAAGAUAUUUGGAUAAUGACACAGUUGACUGGUUCAAAAGCUGCAAUACAGACAUAGCAAUUGAUGAUGGUCAACAUUGCUUAAAUCCUGGAGCUGGAUAUUCUGAUUUUGGCAAGCAGAGGAGAAGUGUCUUUACUCGGUUAAGAUUGACCCCAAGGAUAUCUGCGCAAGAAGAAAAAGAGAAGGUUGCUGACUUUUCUAGGGAUAAAUCGGUAGAUGAACUGAUGGACAUGUUGAAUGAUACUCAGAAUUUUUGGAAUAAAAACCUUAGGAAAUUUAAACCAGUAGUUAAACAGCCUGACAGGAAUGAGCUGCCAAGGACCAAAAAGCGGACAUCUCCUGAACUAGUGCAGCCAAGAUUUGCAACAACAAUAGUGGAUGAGAAACUGGGUGUUGAUGUUAGAGAGGGUACUGAUGAGUUACCAAAAGAGACAAGGGCAGUAGAGUUUAAGCGUCGGAGUGAAUUGAAGAAAGAUUUGGAUGAAAACAGCACAAAAAGUAAUCACAGUACUCAGGACGGUACAUCCAGAGACAUUCAUGAGAAUAAAUUCACAGAAAAUGCAGAGCCUGAGGGCGAACUGAAUAAGCCAGCAAAGCGUAGAAAGCUUGUGCGGCCAGUCUUUUAAUAACGUCUCUGCUGAUGGAGUUACAGGAAAUUAUAACUUACUUCCUUGGUCUGAGUCAUUUACAAAUGAAACAGUGAUUUGGGUGAAAUCAGCUAAACCAUGUGAUGCUAUCAUGACAUCUUAUGCUGGAUGAGUUCAUACUAGUUCGGUACAUCUGAAUGGUCACUACUAUAGAAGCUACACUGACGUCAGCAGCAUUUCUAAAGACCUAUGAAUGUACCAAACUUUCUUUUUCUGACACGAACCAACUGGAAGAACCUUUCUGCAUACAUUUGCACUACAAGUUGUCGUUGAUGGGAGAGGUAUAUUCCUUGGUUAGGAUGAUUUUUGCUGUGCUACCUUCUAUCUAUGAUCCAUCUUGUAAAGGGGCUGCUUAAAAAAAAUGCACUAGACAUGGGAUGUUGGUUUAUUUCUGCACUGUGUUUUGGUACCUUCAGCUGAAUUGAGAUUAAGAGGACGUGAGUUGUUACACAGGAUCAGGCAACCAUGACACUGACCAGGCUUGUAAAGAAUGUUGCAGUGGCUGGUGUGCUUGAUGAUAAACACCACCAAAAACAAUUGGAGAACAAGUAGAGGUUUGGAACUUAUUUUGAAUUGCAUCUCAAAUACUAGCUGGUCCUUUUUCUGCUGGAUCUUUUGCCAAGGGCUGGAGGUAUGCUUUAAAGUGUAUAUGGCGUUUACAAGAUUAAUGAAAAGCAGGCAGUCCACAGAGAGCUAGUGAAGCUCAUAAAUUAGCUGAUGUGGUGAAAUUCUGAUAUUAGUGAAGAAACUACGUAAAUGGAGUUGCGGAUACUUGCUUCCUUUUCUACUUUUGGUUCUUUGCUUGCAAAUUGCCGUGAAACUGAUGAUGUUCUCAUGUCAUUGCUACAAUCCUUGCUUUGCUUUUAGGAUUUUGUAUUAUAGUUUCUACGUUGGUAGAGAGAGUUGAAAACUGCUGGUUGGAGCAAGUCUAGGCUGUCAAAUGUCGCUUUCUCAAUUGGGACCGAUAUGAGCAUGAUGAGAUCAAAGAUUGUAGCUUAAGGUUGGCCUUGUAUAAUUGUGUCAAGCUUGACAAGGUUCUGUUUAAACUGACUUUGGCCGGUUGAUCUUUUUUGUGUCAAGGCAAGUUGAGAUGUAAAUUUUAUGACCUGUUGUCAAUUUUACUCUUAUUUAAGCCCUUUCCAUCAUGAGUUCGAACGCUGAAUGUGUUUCAGCUUUCAUGUAUUGAUUUUAGUUAAUAGCUUUGCAGGACGUACUUGCCUGGUUGGUGAUUC